GUCGAUGUUUCGAGUGCUGCGAUGAUCACUGGCUCUCCACUAACGUAACUCAAUUGUCACUAACUCUGCGAUCCAAGAUCUAUGGACAGCAUCUUGUCACAGAGACGGUGGUGAAGCAGUUACAUGGUCACUUUCGAUACCAGCCGAGAAAGGCUCUCGUACUUUCUUUUCAUGGAGGACAUGGAACCGGAAAGACAUAUGUGAGCAAAAUCGUUGCUGAGCAACUGUUUGCGCUGGGCAUGCAGAGUAAAUAUGUCCAUUUCAUAUCAACAAUCACAGAUUUGUCCGAUGGCAUUGUACCCACCAACAAGAUGAACCUUCGCGAGAGGAUUAAGCAAGCUGUGCGGAUGUGUCCAAGGUCCUUGUUCAUCAUUGAUGACAUUGACCAAAUGUCUGACGUUGUAAUGGACACCAUCAAACCAUUCCUUGACUACCAUGACAAUGUCGACGGCGUGGACUAUAGGCAGGCUGUAUUCAUUUUCUUAAGUAAUAACGCGGCUGAACAAAUUGCCAGUAAGACAUUAGAGAACUUGCAGAAUAAAAAACGGGAGUCGAUUACAAUCGAACAACUCGAGGAAGUAAUGACACUACCUGAACGCCGUGAGGAUUCGAGCGAUGUUUGGCGCCGCCAGCUUGUGUCGAAUGCCCUGAUAUCCGCGCACGUGCCCUUUUUGCCCCUGGAAAAGAGCCACGUGCAGCAAUGUAUCCGGGAAGUCCUGCAUGAGGCUCGGUACUCGACAAGCGAGCGCGAGACAGAAGCUCUGGUUACCAAGGUAGCGGAUAAGAUGACCUACUUCCCCGAGCCAAUAAAAAAGUUCUCUAAAACUGGAUGUAAAGGGGUUCGUGAAAAGAUUUAUCAGGACUUAGAAGUCGAUUUUAUCGAACAAUAAUGUUUAUUUCUGAUUUGAAUUGUUUUAAUCACAAAACUGAGGUUGUCUUUACUCCAAAUGUGUAAUUUUCUAAUAUGUUGAAUAAACAUAUAACAUUAUACAUGGUCUCACAGAUUCAUAGUGUUUUUCUAAGUAUUGUUUUCAUAUGUAUUUCUGUUCCAACAACAUGCAUCAAACCAUAAAUACAUUUUCAUUUAUAAAGACAAUAAAACAUAAUAAGUGAUGUUCGUUUUAAUGAAAAAUCGAAAUUGAUGUUGGUUAUCCAGAAUACAUUUUCCUUUAAUCACCGCUUUUAUCCUUUUAUAACCUUUUAUUAAAGUGUUAUUAUGGGCAUCUAAUAGUUUAUAGGUGGCUUUCGCAACCGUUGUUUAUUUUUGGUGAUUCCACUUCAUAUACACUUAUAUUUGUUAAUGCAGCAUCAACAAUCUAAAUCAAUAUCCCGGAAAGAAAAAUAAAAUGCAUUUGAAUAUCAACUGUACUUUCGUUUGACAACUGAACAUGCAUGUACGAUGUGAACCUUAAUUUAGUUUUAGUGCAGAUUCGUUCAUACGACACAAAGACACAAUUUUGUUUUACGGAUCAUUUUUGCUUAGAGGACUGGGUGAGUCUUGUAAAAUAUCGUAUAUAAAAUAUAUUUUUGAUAAACAACUGGUAGAAAGGUGCAGAUAAUUGGUAAGUAACCACAUUUUAACUAACUCUUUUAACCUGUUAAUUCUUUUCAGCUCAAUUCAACAGUGAAAAAUGCCCAUAAUAUCACUUUGACAGUUUGUCACUUGCUUGUUAAGAAUUACAACGAUAUACUUAAUUGAAUGUAGAUUUUUCUUAGUAAUACUUUUGUUUACUAUAAUGAUAUUGAAAAUAAAUAAAAUUAAUUCAAUUUUUAUUUUGUUAUCUAAUCAGUAAGCGCACGUCCUUUGACCAACUAAUGGGCCCGCUGUUUACUGGUGUAACUUGUUGAACGAUAAUCUGACUUAAGUUUUUAUCCGUUUUUAUUACGCCUGAAUAUUCAUUUUUAAUGUAUUUGAGUUAAAAUAAGCUAAUCAGUAGAUGGUCAUUGACUUAAUUGCCUAUGAGAAAACGGGUAUUGAUGCAUGUGAGUAAAGUAUCGUUUUUAUUGCAUGUGCAUUCCAGAGACGCUUAUCAGGGACAACACUUUCAGCUUUUAAAAGAUUUUCGUUAAGAAGAAACCUCUAUAAACGAACAAUGCUAUCAUCGAUCAUAGUGUAGUUCCUGAUUAGCCUGCAGUAAGCCCGAUUAACCCCAAAGCACAGCUCAAAAGGUCCGCUCUCUGUUUUUGUAGUCUGUUAAACAGAUAUGUGAAUUGUGCUUUUACAAUCAAAUCUAAGUACCAUAAACUGAAACACUUAAGUAAUUGAACUGUUACUUUGUUAGCAAGAUUUCAUAACCACAUGUACUAAUAGUGAACGCUCACAAAACUUUUCAAGGGGGAUAUGUGCUCCUUAAAAACAAUGUUUUGUGUUUGUUUUGUUAUUGUUGUUCUGUAAUUCUA